GCUAGUCGACUUCGAUCUGCAGGCGCAGCGCGUGUUGCAAGUGAGUUUUUGUCGUCGAGUAAAAGAAGAAGUCGAAUUCUUCGACACAACGCGGCGACACGGCUACGAAGUAAGAUCGUUCAUUGUGCAGAGAAAAUAAACCGGCUUGAGGCGCCUGGUGGAUGGAUAAUCGAUCCGAUUGAAUAAAAAUUUUUAAAAAUAAACAACGGAGACAUUGUCAAUUAUAACAGCAGAUUCGUGUAACGUUCUUGAAAUUUUAGAGAAAGUGUAAGAAAGGUACAGAAUAAUAGUAGUAGUAAUAAUAAUAAUAAUAAUCAUCGUAAUAACUGUAGUCGUAAAAACGUAUUCUACAACGAAAAGUAGCAGUAUAAAUAACCAAGACGAUCGGAUCGUCACGUAGUAAGUGUAACGAAUCGUAAGGAUUAUCAUCGGUGCAAUAUUAAAUCACACAAUUACGGUGCCGUGAUAAGUGUCAUUAAUAAUUGUCCGUUGUGUGAUCAUAAAGAUAGCGCAGGAUAUAUUUACUGUAAACUGCAGUGUUGUACGCCGUGAAGGAUAUAUUAUCGAGCAGUCAUCGAACUUGCAGGAACGUAGGAAGGAAGAAGGAAAGGAGAGGAGAGAAGGCGAAGUCGCGGUGCAGGUCUAACCGUGAGAAAUCAAUACCCGAGCAAGUCGGGGGCGAGUGACAGUGAAGAGGCGAAAAGAGAGAGAGAGAGAAACAGACCGUGUUUGCGUGAGUGCGCGCGAUUGGUGACGUGGUGUAAAAAUAUAUACACACACACAUUUAUACAUAUAUAUAUAUAUAUAUAUAUAUAUAUCAGUUUGCACCUGUCCUGCAUUUACGUAACGUGGAUAUAGUAUACAACGAUAAGUAAAUACGCGGUUACGGGUGUACAGAAAGCUGACUGAAAGUCUGGUGCAGGUGGAAGAACCGCGGUAACGAGAACGAAAAAGAGCGUGCGGAGGGGUGGGGGGGAGACGGUCACGAAAAAAAAAAAAAAAAAAAAACAAGUGUUAAUAAAGCACAAUGAAGGCGAUGGUGGUGAGUCCGGUUGGCGGAAGAGUGCCGCCUAGUCGCGGUAUCCUACACAAUGGUUUGGGCCUUAACGGUAGCCGAAGAGAUAUGGAAGCGGAGGAGGUUGCGGCCUAUCUGACAAAGUUGAGGUCGCUCGUGCCGGACAUGCCGAGGAAAAGGAAACUCUCGAAACUCGAAGUUAUACAGAGGGUAAUCGAGUACAUAUGCGACCUGCAAACCACCCUCGAGGAGACGAACGCACCUGAAAAUCAGCAACAGCAGCAGCAACAACAACAACAACAACAACAACAACAACAACAACAACAACAACAACAACAACAACGUCAGCCUUUACAGCCGCUUUCUAACUCGACGACAACGACGACGACGACGACGACGACGACGAUGAUGGUUCCCGCAUCGUCGCAGAGUCUCAUCGUUACGACGACGGAAACAACGUCGUCAGAAAUUUCCGAACGGUGACGGACGCGAAAAGACAAUCCCUAAAUAUUUUGUCUCGUUCAAGCACGCGAGCGUUACAUGGCACGCUGCGGUGCUCAGGGAGUGUAAAUACUGUACAUAGAUAUAUUAUGUAUAUACAUAUAUAUAAUGUACACGUAUACAUAUAUAUAUAUAUAUAUAUUACUCAUCGUCAUUCCUCAGUUGUAAGAAAAAGAGAUACCCCCCCUUCCCCGCUGGACCCAAACACACACGCGUUUGCAGAAAUAGAAGAAAAACUAAACCGGCGACAUACUUGGUAUUAAUAUACACGGAGAUGUAUAAUGGGUAAUUAUUAUUACCUCCGUCUGAAGAUAGUCCUGUUACAUGGAGUUGUACCUAUUCAUACCUACUUACUCUGUACGCACGAAAGCAUGAUAGUAACGGAAUUUUGUGAAUAUUAUGAUUAUUAUUGCUAUUAGACACUCGACAAUUUAUUCCACAA